AUGGAAACGUUUAUCGAUACCAUCAGUGAGAGUGUUGUUUCCUGUCGAAGUUUGACUAUCUUGUCGUCUGGGUAUUUACUUCCCCAAACGAUAUUAAAAAGUGUUUAUCGAGAUGUCGAGAAGUAUGUGCAAGCCAACAAGGAAUACCCCAGUAUUUUUAUAGUGAAUGCGCCCCCCCAUGUCUAUUCGCAUUUCCAAUCGAAUUGUCUUGGUGUCGACAAAAGUGUGAGUGUCAUAUCCAAAGAGAAGAAACGGCACCGGUCAGGGAGUUUGAGUGAAUUAAAGAGUCAGAAAAGUAGCGAACACCUCAUACCCUUCGACGACAAAGUUCGUCCGACGAGUUCAACGAAUUCGAGUAGUCCGAAGAGUCCACCCCAAGACAAAUUGAAAUUUCCUCUGAUGCAAAUAGAUUUUCGAAUCUCUUCAGAGAGUCGGAAAGAGUUAUAUAAGAAUGGGGGGAUUUAUUUUAUAACAUCGCGCAUUUUAAUCUCCGAUUUAAUCUCAGAGGACUUCACAUGGACGAACACCUUCUUAUAUUUAGUCGACAUCGAAGACGUCAUUCGGCGAUUUCAUUUGUCAUUUGUCACGCACGUCUACGCCUCUCUUUUAACUGACAGAAAUCGAGUGCGAGCGUUCACACAGAAGGCGCACAUUCUUUCGUUCAUAGAGACAUCAUUGGAGCAGAUCAAACAGCGACUUUUGAUAGAGAAAGUCUUCUUCUAUCCUUAUUCAAGAGAUGAAGCGGUGACUGCGCGAAUCAAUUUCACGCAUUUUGUCGUCUAUUCUAUUAAAGUUGAAUUGACUCUUCAUAUGCAAAUCAUCGAACGCGCUCUCUACGAGACGAUGAAAGUCAUUUCCACAGAGAUCCGCGCGCGCCUCAAUUUAACAGAAAGUGCUUUACCGGACGAGAAAUUGCUCUUUGGGGAGUUUGAGCGGCGUGUGAAAUAUUAUAACCGAGGGUCUCGUUAUGACGAGGAAAUCAGUUCGAUGUGUUUAGACUUGAAAUCGCUUCGGACGGUAAUGUUCUCGAUGUAUCUCUUCAAUCCUGUUCUGUUCUAUAUUCAAGUGGAAAUCAUGCGACUGAUGUUGUGGGGGGAAGAAUCGUUCUUUUGGCUCGAGAAGAAGAGUAUGAGUCUUGUCUUCACUCACGCGAAGGAGAGGAUGUGGAACGGCGAGACAUUUCAAGUUGAAAAGCAGAAGAAAGUCGAAGAGUUGAAAGAAAUAAUUCAACAAGAAAAUGAACACGGGAAUGACGUCGUUGUCGUAGUUAGAAAUGAACAGACACAAGAGGAAUUGAUACACUCGAUGGAAUUGAGCGAAGAAGUACUAAGGGGAGUCUACCAAGAAUGGUUUGAUAGGAAAAAUGAAUUGGAAAAACAGUUGAAGGAAGAGAAACUCAGAAAUCGGACAGACUUGAACAGUAAAGUCAAGAAGUGGAACUUGGUCAAGGCCGGAGUCGGACAGAUCAAACCAGAGAACGAGAAAUUCGAAGAGAAAAACGAGAAGGAGAAGGACGAAAUAAUCAGAGAGGAGGACAGCAUCACGUGGGGAUAUCAGGAAGUCAUGACGGAAAUGACACAGAGGAUGUACAAUACCCAAAAGAGUAUGGCGGAAGCGACACAGAAGAAGAUGGUGGAGAUUAUCGAGAUCCAAGAUGAGAUUGAAAAAAAUGAGAAGCAGCAGAACGAAAAUGAGAAGAUUGAAAAUAAUGAGAGGGCGGACGGAAUAAACGGAUUUAAGAGGGCGGAAAAUUUCGUGAAAAACAGCGUGAUCACCCAAAAUGAGCUCAAUCAUGUUCUCAGGUGGGAAAAACCAAGAGCUCUUGUCUUGUAUAACUGCUCGUUAUGGGUUACAAGAGUUGUUGAAACAUAUGCACUAAGACAAGAAGAAGACGUCAGAUGUUAUAUGUUGACUUACUCGGGGUCGUACGAGAGUUUAAAGUACCAACAGUCGAUUCGAAGAGAAAAGAAAGCGUUUGAGGAUUUGAUUAAAAAAGAGGUUGAGCAUAAGAACGACAAGCCCGUUGAGGUCGUUGCAAACGUCAAGAACCGAACAAAGGCUAUUAUUGUGGACAUUAGAGAGUUUAGGUGCGAAUUGCCAUUUCAGUUGUUUAAAAGUGGAUUCAAGUUGAUACCGAAGCAAAUUGAAAUUGGUGAUUAUAUCCUCUCUCCAAACAUAGUCGUCGAGAGAAAGUCUGCAAUUGAUUUGGUUGGUUCCUUAAAGUCAAAAAGAGUGAAUAAACAAAUACAAAACAUGAGUAGAAAAUACGAGACGAUUGUGUUACUUAUUGAGUGUUAUAACUCUGAAAAUUUUGAUGAGUACGACGUGAGCAAAACAGAGCAAACGAUUCGGAUGUACAUUCCACAAAUCACCGAGUUGACAACCGAAUUUCCACGAGUGAAAAUUGUGUGGACAUACUCUCCACAAAUGACUGCAAAUAUCUUUGACACUCUGAAAAAAAACGAACGAGAACCGACAGAGGAAGAUUGCAAAUUCAUUGACGAGGAGAACGAACAGAUCAACUGGAACGCACUGGAGGUCGUCAAGCGUCUUCCAGGAAUACCCAUCGACAAAGUGUAUGAUUUACAAAACACACCAAAUCUCUCAAUCAGUCGCAUGAUGGCAAUGAACGAAACGCAACUGUCUGAGAUUCUUGGCGACAAAGAGAAGGCUUCCCAAUUUCUUGCUGGUUGCAAUUUUGAGUUCAAGUGA